ACCAGUCACAUUUCUCUCCUCCUCCUCCUCCUCCACCUCCUCCACCUCUCUCUCUCUUCCACUCCUUACUUCAUCCCUCUCUCCCUGUCUGCCUGACACAAGUCCCACAUAUCCCUGGAGGAUAAGAUGCCAUGGAGGCCACAGGAGGGACAGCGCUGUAUAUCUGCUCUGUUCUCUUCUUCUUUUUCACAGAAGCGAGCUCUGAGUUCAUCCACAUCCCUACAUUAGUCCAUCAUGGUAUUGAAGGGAAGUCCCUGCUCCUGUCUGUUGAGACUCACUUCUCAUUGGAUGAAGUAGAAAUCCAGGGAACUUGGUCCCACACCAGGCCAAGUGGCACCAGAGCCACAUUGGUGACAUUCACCAAAGAGUCCACAAUCACUGACAUGAUGUACCGAAACCACCUCAUCUUUAGAGAACCAAAUGUUUCUUUGCAUAUCCGGAAAUUAAACCCGGAAGAUGAGGGAGAUUACACACUGGACCUCAACAUCGAGUUCCACAACAAGACCGGAUUGGUUAUCAAGGAGAAGAGAACUGUGCAUGUAACGGUUGACGUCCCUGUGGCAUCUCCAGUCAUUGAGAAGAAACCAAUGAAUGCAGUAGUUGAGGACAAGGCAAACGUAACCUUGUCUUGUUCUGUUGAAAGAGGAUCAAGAGUUGUGUUUGAGUGGCUCAGGGACAACGUCCCACUUGGUUACACUGACAGAUACCACUUCUCUGAAGACAACUCCACACUUUUCAUCAGUCCUGUGAGAAAAGAAGACAAGGUUUACCGCUGUGUGGCCAGAAACCCUGUCAGCCCGGGUCGCCACAGCAGGGCUGUUGAAGUCAAUGUCUAUUAUGGCCCCUACAACCUGGAGGUGAACUCAGGCCAGGGCCUGCGGACAGGGGAAGUGUUCACUAUCAACCCCGGUGAGCUGGUCUUCUUUGAAUGCCAGGCCGAUUCCAACCCACCAAACAGCUACGUCUGGAUCUCCAAGAGCCGCAACGCCACUAAAGUCAUCACAGAGGGCCCGCGGCUCGAGGUGCUCUCCUACAGACUGGCCCAGACUGAGAAGUACCUGUGCCGAGCCUUCAACAACGUGACGCAGAAGCAGGACGAGGCCCAGUUUACUCUGGUGGUGGCCAGCUUAGGACCAGGAAAGGAGAAGCAAAGCCAGGGUGGCAGCUCUGUCUCCCCUUUGGCAGCCAUUACUGUUUGCUCUUUGUUCGUCAUUGGCUGUAUGCUGCUGUUCUUCCUCAGGAGAACCUGCCAUCCUAAAAGAGUGCUUAUGAGUAUUUAUAACAGGCCGCUUUCGGAGCAGAAAAGACCACAUCGUUCAGGUCACGAGGAUGCUACAGAAGACUUUGGCAUCUAUGAGUUUGUGUCCAUACCUGGAAAAAUGGAAUCUGCACAGGCAUCAUGUAGAUCUCUGGCUCGCCUCGAGUCAGUUCAGGAUAUGCACACCACCAUCUACGAUGUGAUCAGAAAUGUUCCUGAAACCCCGAGUCACAGUUUGCUGAAGUAACUUUGAGCUGAGGAACUAAGAUGUAACUUACGGCCAUUUCACUUAAAGACUCUUGUGUAGCCUUAUUCUCUAAAUCUCUGAUCUCAAAGCCUGAAACUGGUUGUGAUGGCCCAUUUCUUUGCACAGGGGAUGAAGGAGACUAAUGACCUGAUCGUGCACUGUUAUUGUCCACAGUUUAGGACAGAUUUAUGGUAUAUUUUGUUGACAUUAUUGUGAUAUGAAAGUGUAUGUAUGGCUUGACUCUAGUCUUUUUCAUGUGAAUGUAUAACUGAGAUUAUAAUGUUUUUUUUUUUAUUUUGUUAAAAAAUGAAGAUAAUAUAACCAAGAAAAUAAAAGUCCUUAUUUUACAUAGUUUUGGAAAUCUUAAAACACUACCUACUAGGUGCUUAAACUCCCCUUAGCUUGAACACUAUUUAAUAUAUUUAAUAACUAAGAUUUUAUUAAUAUCAUAAUAUUGUUCUAAUAUAACAUUCCCACCAAGGAGAGCCUGUUUUGUGAAGUGUUGUUAUUAUUUGUAUUUUCUUAUAUGAAAUAUAUAUAAGUGUAAAUAUUGUACAUUGAUUAUACUGCAGAUUCUCUAUACUUAUUAUUCUAUUCUGUUUUUUUCCUAUCUAUUUAUUCUUAAUGAACAGUCAACCCUUUUUUCUUACAAAUGUAGCAUUUCCUCUGCUCUACAUGGAUAUACUGAAAUGCUGAAACAAGAAAGUAAUGAAUGAUGUACAGUUUGCAUCCACAUGUAUGUUUUGUACUUUAUUAAAUAUAAGUCUUUCAAA